AUGGGCCAAGCUCCUUCCCAGGAUCGCAGGGCUCGACGAACCCAUGAGCAACUGACACACGAGCUCGCAUACAGAUUCAAAGAAAAGUGCUUUACGUCGAUUGAGUAUUACUCGCUGAAGGAUGUGUUCAAGAGCCUGGCGGACCAGCAGGGAGACAUUCGGUACCUUAAGGAAGACACCAUAGCUCGCUUCUUGGAGAUCCCAGACAUUCUUGGAGCAUCGCCUGUAGUUUUCCACAUGGUUUCAUAUCUUGGUGCUUUCCCCUUCCUGCAAGAGGCGCCGGUGGUACUGGAGCUUGCGCAGCUGAUAAUGGUCGUUGUCAUCAUGACGGAACGGUAUAAACGCGUCCUUGCCAAGGGGUCAACAGACAGAACAAAGCUUCUCUUCAAAAGUUUAGCGGUUUAUGACCGGAAAGUGAUGGAGGCUGAGACCAAUGAGCAGGAUUCUCCCUCCUCUGACAGCGCGAGGAAGCAACCUAGUGCUCAAUCCCAAUCCCAAGGGUUUGCAGUCGAUCAGCCUGGCCUGGGCGAUGAAGACGAGGACGAAGAGGAUGAUGAUGACCUAGUUCUCACGGCGUUUGAGUUGCUCAAUGUCAACGAGGCGGUCAAGCGAGGCGACGUCUCUACUAUUCACGAAGCGAUUAUUCCAACGGAUAACUUCCGGAAACUGAUAAUGCUGUUACUAUUAGCUGCCCCUCUGGAUCCUCAGGAGAGCUUGUCGCAAUAUUCCACCCGAGUCGCGGAUCAAGAGUUGGAGCUACUCCGAGCCACAGCAGAGUGUGUCCUAGCUGCCUUUGUUAAUGUUGAAACCUCUCCAGGUAUUAGAUAUACUCGAUUCAAAACAGUCAUCCCGGCCCUGUUUCCCAAUCUCUUUUCUGGAUUCAAUGGACUCUUUGAGCACUUCCUUUUCUCCAAGGAGCUCGAUUUUUCGAAGCGCAAGGACAAUCAGCCCCGCGAGCCACAGCAUAUUGGCAAGAUAGCACAGCCUUUAUUACCGACCCCCGGCGACAUCCUAAACGAACACACGCUGUCGCAGCUUUCACUAUUUCUCCCUGGGUCUUCAUUAUUUCGAAGAGUGAGAUUGCUGUAUUCUGGCAAUGAGGCCGGGUUUUCCAUGGGGAGCCUUGAGUCAAAGAUAUUCAACUGGAGAGCGCCAACAAUCCUUUUGGUGAGCGGAACAAGAUUAGAAGAUACCCCCGAUGGUGGCCAGGAAGCUUCAUUUGCUGCCUCGCUUCCACCGAAACGCGUCCCCCACGGCAGCAAAUCCGAGCGAGUGACAUUUGGAGCUUACAUCAGAGAGCCAUGGAAGCACACCCAUCGAGAGUGCUUUGGCGAUUCUGAAACAGUCCUCUUCCAACUGGAACCAAUCCACGACGUCUUUACCGCCAGCACCAUCAACACGGACUAUGUUACUUUUACAAAGCCUCCUGGAAACCGACCCUGUCUCUCAUUUGGCUGUCCACAUCCCAAGCCAACACAGUCACAUCGGAAACAAGGCCUGCAUGCCUUGGGGGCCGUUUCUUUACUAUUUGACGAAUCCUUUGAGUUUGGAGUGUUCAACCAUGACUACAAGUCAAGAGGAGGUGCUUUUCAUACUAGCAUUAUAAGAAAGUACGACUUCCAAGAUCGAUUCCGCAUUGAGAGCUUGGAGGUCUGGGGCUGUGGUGGCGACGAUGAGGCCAAGGCGCAAGCAGAGCGAUGGGCUUGGGAAGAGCGAGAAGCUGAAGCCCGCCGGAGAGUUAACCUAGGAACGGGAGAUAUCGAUGCAGAUAGAGCUCUGCUGGAAAUGGCUGGCCUAGUAGGGGGAAAUCGCAGCGGUGGCUCAAUGGGUUAA